AUGUCAAGCGUGAGCCCAUCACUUGAUGAUGAUAGGAUUAGCAACUUGCCUGUGGCAUUGAAACAGACCAUUCUUGACCUCGUGCCUGUUCGUGAUGCUGCGAGAACAUGUACUUUGUCCAAAGCUUGGAGGGAGACAUGGACAACGCGACCGUGCCUGGUUCUGAAUAAGCUGUUUUACUUGCAAGUGAUUAAUAACAAAAACGAAGAAGCAGAGCAGCUGUCUGCAUUUUCAUCAGCACUCGACAAGAUCUUUGCGGUCCAAACUGGCCCCAUUGUGGAAACUGAAAUCUACAUCCCGUCCAAACUUGAAAGCCAUCAUAUCCAUCAGUGGAUUCAGCACUUGACAGAGAAGGAUGUUGAGGUGUUCAGACUUGAUAAUUCGGAAAACGAUGCUUGCUUAGUUCCUUCUGUUUUUUUCGAUUUUGCAAAGUUGAAAGUGUUAGAACUUGAUAAGUGGAUACUGAGCCCCCCACCUGAAUCCAGAUGCUUCUCUAAUCUAGUCUCUGUUGAUCUCAUUCGUGUUUUGAUCGCUGCUCCUGUAUCAUUCGGGACCCAACUCCAGCAUCUGGAAUUGCACAUAUGUGAUGGCAUAGAACAUCUGGUCUUCACCAAUAUUAACAAUCUCAAAACGCUGAUUAUUGGUAUGAGUUCAAAAAUAGAUUGGCGAUGGCUCGAAAACGCAAAAAACCUGGAACGUUUUAGUCUUGUGUUGUCCCAGGCAGAUUUCAUCAAGAGUAAAUCUGUCAAUUUGAUCAAGCUUCUUAGCAAUUGUACAAGAAUCAAUUUCCUUCUCCUCCAUGAUUUUCUACUUGAGGUACGGUGA